GACGUGGGCCAUCUUGUCCUGGGUGAAGCCCUAUGUUAGGUAUGUUCUUCACACAUCUCUAGUCCUCCAAAAAACCUCUGAGGGAGGUCCUGACAUCCCCAUUUUACAAAUAGACUGAAGCUAGGAGAGAGGAAGUGAUUGCCCACGGUCACACGGGACAGACAGCAGAGCCUGGGAUUCAAAAUCAGUUCCACGGGGCCUGAGAAGCCCCUUGCCACCUCUGCUCUCCCUGACAGUAGGACUGUAGACCCUGGGAGCCAGACUGGAAGACAGCCCGGGAAAGGGGAGCAGCAAAGACGAUACAGGGUGGUUGUGGACAGUUGCUGGGUCGCCUGGGCACACGGUUCCAGGAGCCUCCCCAGGCAGUUGCCCCUGUGCCCAGGGCUCUCUGAGCUGCAGCAGGACUGGCUAGACCAGAGGUGGGGCCAGGGCCACCAAGCCCUUUGCCCCAGGGCCACCAGCCCUUUGCCCCAGGACCAGAGGGAGGGCAGGAAGACAAGCAGGAGGAGGGGUCUCAGCUGACUGGCACCUUCUCCCCACCCCCAAUCUCCGUCCUGCUCCAGGUGACCUUUUCCCCAGAUCCCAGGGUCCAGGCACACCCCGCUGGGAGGCGUAGAGAACAGAGACAGCUGGGAUUGGCCUGAGCCAGCGGGGGCGUGUCCCAGGCUCCUCCGGCCCCAGUAGCUGAGCGCAGCAGGUGGACUCCCGAGAUAGACCAGGGUCCACCGGCCUACCCGACUGGGACCUCUGCCCUCCAGACAUGGCCCCAGACCCCCUUGAUCCCCAGCCCUGUGGCCGUGCAGGGGUGCAGACAGCCUAAGCGCCACCACCCCGGGGCCUGUGCCCAUGUCUCUGACCCGGGCACUGCCGGCCUCAGGAACAGAGGCCAUGGAGACGGUCGCCCCAGCUGUGGAUCUGGUGCUGGGCGCCUCGGCCUGUUGCCUGGCCUGCAUCUUCACCAACCCCCUAGAGGUGGUGAAGACGAGGCUGCAGCUGCAGGGGGAGCUGCAGGCCCGCGGUACCUACCGACGGCCCUACAGGGGCUUUGUGGCCUCGAUAGCAGCCGUGGUCCGUGCAGACGGGCUGUGUGGCCUGCAGAAGGGGCUGGCCGCCGGCCUCCUUUACCAGGGCCUCAUGAAUGGCGUCCGCUUCUACUGCUACAGCCUGGCGGGCCAGGCUGGCCUCACCCAGCUGCCUGGUGGCACCCUGGUUGCGGGCGCUGUGGCCGGGGCACUGGGAGCCUUCGUGGGGAGUCCUGCUUACUUGGUCAAAACACAGCUGCAGGCCCAGACAGUGGCCGCGAUGGCCGUGGGGCACCAGCACCACCACCAGAGUGUUCUGGGCGCCUUGGAGACCAUCUGGCGGCAGCAGGGCCUCAUGGGGCUAUGGCGGGGCGUGGGUGGGGCCGUGCCCAGAGUCAUGGUCGGCUCAGCUGCGCAGCUGGCCACCUUUGCCUCUGCCAAGGCCUGGGUGCAGGAGCGACAGUGGCUCCCGGAAGACAGCUGGCUGGUCGCCUUAGCUGGAGGCAUGAUCAGCAGUGUGGCCGUGGCUGCAGUCAUGACCCCCUUCGACGUGGUCAGCACGCGGCUCUACAAUCAGCCGGUGGACGGAACUGGCAGAGGCCUGCUGUAUGGUGGCCUUGCUGACUGCCUGGUGAAGAUCUGGCGGCAGGAGGGCCCCCUGGCACUCUACAAGGGGCUGGGCCCGGCCUACCUGCGCCUGGGCCCCCACACCAUCCUCAGCAUGCUCUUCUGGGAUGAGCUCCGGAAACUGGCCUCGCGGAGCCAGCACCAGGGUGCCUAGGUGGCAUCCCUCAGCCCUGUAUCCUGACGCAGCCCGGGACCUGGCAGGAAGCAACUGCCUGCUCCGGCGGCGAAUGGCCGUCUCAGAGCAGGCCACAGGCCCAGAACCUGCCACACGUCCAAGGAGAGUGUGGACAGCUCUGGUCAACCCAGACACAUGGCCCACUCAGGGCCCCGGCCUCUGCUCUGGAUCACCAGCCACUCUGUUCCCCCCGCAAGUUCUCUUCCCUCUCUGCCUGGGUUACCUCAUCCCAGAGCCUAACCCGCGAUUAUAAUAACCGCUCCGGGGGCAUGACGGUCACCACGCGCUGGGUCACUCACGUGCAUCAGCCUGCUGAGUCCACGGACAGGACGACACAGGGAAAUCCUCUCUUACCAAGAGGAAGCCCAGGCUCAGCCAGGCGACGCGCUUUGACCAAAGCUGUACAGCUCUGAGGGGUGGAACCGGGACUGGAACUUAGCUCCACCCAGCGCAGACUGGUGCCCCUGCCGAGAGCCAGGACCACGGGGGCUGGAGGGCCCCUGAGUGUCUCUGCACACAGGCCCCAGGACGCACCGGCAGGCCAACCUGUCACAUCAGUGAGCUCAGGCUGCCGGAAGAAGCACCCAGACCAGAGGUUCAAGCAACAGAGGCUGGAAGUCCAAGCUCAAGGUGUCAGUGCGGUCGGUUUCUCCGAGGCCUCUCUCCUUGGCAGCCCUGGGUCGUCACACGGUCUUCCUUCUGUGUCUGUGUUCGAAUCUCUUCCAGGGACACUAGUCAUGUUGGAUUAGCGCCCACCCUAAUGUCCUCGUUUUAACUUGAUUACCUCUUUAGAGACCUUGCCUCCAAGUAUGGUCACAGGCUGGGGGUUAGAGCUUCAGUAUAUGAAUGUGGGGGACGGGGAGACAUAAUUCGGCCCACGACAUCACUGAGAGCUUUUCCUGAGGGCCUCCUAGAUGCCCGGCACUGUGGGCAUUUGCAAAAAUCCUCAUGACAAUUCUGAAAGGGAGCUCUUGCGAUGCCCAUUCUUCAGAUAAGGAGGCUGAGGCCCACUUGCUUAAGGUGAGUCGCAGAGCCAGGUGUCCUCACCCCAGGCCCUUUGCCAAAGCUGCAGCCACACUUCCCCCAGUGAGUGUGUUCCUAAGGCCCACACUGACCUUUGUGCUUCACAGACGGACACCGAGUCCCUGGAAGGGACAGGACUGGCCCAGGUCAAGCAGUCUGAACCCUGCCACACACCACGUCCGCUGUUCCACGGGUCCCCCUAGCACACACUCCAAACCAAUAAAGUUUUCUAUUUUUGUUUACUUCAA